AUGCUGCACGGACCAAUCCGCCAGGGUCUGACAUCAAUCGAGAAGUAUUAUAGGAAAGCUAUCGAAGCCAAAACGCCGGUGAUUGCAGUGUACUUGAACCCACUCAUGAAGAAUUGGUGGUUUGAACUGGAUCUAGGAACCAGGCUAGCUGCUGAAGCCAAUGAUAUCUUUCGUGAGAUAUAUGACGAAUUUGCUAUCGCGAAGCGCUCGUCCAAUACAUCUGACGACCAUGUAUCAUGUCCUCAAGCACCCCUGACAGAGAUGCAACACAAGAUCAAAGAUCUGCAAAAGGCGUCUUUGGCCUUCAGGGGUAGCGGGAAUCUUUCGGAUGAGUUUGACCGCUAUAUCAGCUUUUUUGAAGAGGAUGAUUCCCUUUCCCUUCUAGCAGCUACGCCAGCAAAGAUCGAGCCCGACUUUGUCCUUCAAUGGUGGAAGCGCAACGAGUUCGCAUUUCCCAUCAUAUCAGGGAUUGCGAGGGACUUUCUAGCUAUACCGGCCUCAUCUGUUCCGUGCGAACGUCUCUUUUCAUAUGCCAAACUGGCAGACACUGUGAAGCGUCGUUGCAUGUCAGAGGGGACAUUCAGCGACUUGCAGACCCUGGGUGCUGCCUAUCGAGAGGAAAGGAGAGUGCAGGAUGAGGGCAAAAGGAAAGUGUCGACCUUCAUUGACGAUAGAGAUGUCCAGAAGAAGAGUAAGAAUAAGGAGAGCAUAUAG